GACCUGUUGCGGCGUGAACACCCCACAAGACUGGUACAACUCCCGAUAUGGACAUUUUCCCUCCAGUUGUUACUGUGAUGUACCUGACUUUGAGAAGGACGACGCAUGCGCCAUGAUAGCAGGAGAGGAGGUGUACCAACGGGGUUGCCUGUUGCCGCUGAAGCUUGCCCUGGCGCGUCACACGUACACCCUGGCCGGGCUGUGUAUGGGGAUCGCCAUCCUUCAGGUAGUGAACCUCACCAUCGCCGCCAUCAUGGUUCUCCGUCUGCGUACCAAACCACCGCAGAGAAACGCAAACGGCACGGUUCUGUACCACAACCGCAGCCACCCGGACAUCUCCAUGACCGUCAGCCCCAAAUCCGUGCAGCCUCCGCAGCGAAACUAUGGCAACAACUCCUACGAAAGGCCCACCGCAAAGAACGUCGGGAGCAUCCCUGCUGUCAUGGUGAAGGGAGUCCGAAACGAUCGUCAGAGGGACCUGUCAAUCACCGAGCCGUACGGGCAGAAGCGCCGGUGCUGACUUGUAAUGGCUGUUCAACUUUCGAAUUCUGACAAAUAAGGCCUUUUCAGGAACAUAUAUCUUGUAGUAUAAGAAUUGAAUACAAUAUACAGUUAGAGAUAAUUGCUAUCACUGUGAACUUUGUCAUGUCAAUGAAUGCAUUGUAAUGUAUUUGUAUAUUCGUAUCUAACAUUAUCUAGGCAUGGGAAACGAUUCGUAGACACGGGUAUGUCCUUGGUGGGGUUUUCUUUCGAAGCGGGUGACUUGAAGGGAGAGAUUAACUAUUCAGAAUAAUGACUUUAUGGUGUUAAUUAAACACAUGUGCAGACAUUUUGUGGAAUUUUGUAUUUUUUUACUUACAUAAAGGCACAGCACAACAGUUUUAGGCAUGAGCGUACAAGCCACAUACUUAAGUAGUACGAAAUGCAAAUAACUAACGGUACAUAACAACGGUUUUGACAUCAGAAGCAUUUGCACUUUUCUUUGUCGAACUACUUAUUGACCUUAGUACAAAGCAACAAUAGACAGACCACGUCUUCUAUGUACAGCAGUAAGGAUUGACUAGAGUCUUAAAAAUGGCUGUGUCUUUUAAAAUACAGUAACAGUAAGAAAUGGCGACCAGAAAUGUUGCUAAGCAUCUUCUUUCCAGCGGCGCUGCCCGGUUACAUGCGCCUCCUAGCGACAAUAAAACACCUAACCAUUGACUACAUAAUCUGCAAGUGCUACGUGCCAUCUUACAUGUAAGUUACAGUGAACGACUGUCCCACAGACUCCACAAUACUUGCAUAAGACAUGGCCAAUAGUGACUAUUUACAUUACAUCUAGCUCUCAAAUGCGAUGUCAAAAACUUACAAAAGUUCAUGCACAGAAACCACCAGGAUCGACUCAUUCUUGUAGUUUUUACAUCAUUGGAUAUACGUAUGGUAUGCGUGUAUGUACAGCGUUCAAAAUACUUUUUACGAUCGUAGAAUCUUCGCCUGCUUUUCAUCGUCUCUUUUUGACACUUCUCUCUCUCUAGUUCUACGAACGCACAUCAUGCCAACAACAGCAAUCUGCAUACUGUCCAUAGAAAUCCAUUGGUCUGCAUCAAAUGCUUAGACGAAAACCAUGUAAACAUCACAUGCUUUGACACAACGUUAUACGUCCUUGCACAAACCAAUACGUUUUCAAAUAGGGUCAGUCUUCCUUCCUCAAAAUGUAAAAAUCCCUCUCCCCAUUGGAACAUUCAAGGACAUUCGUUAGCUAAAUUGUUAAACCAAUCAGGAGUGACGUUGCGUGUUCUUAUUAACCCAAGACAGUAAAAACAUAAGCACAACAAAAAGAAACACAAAUGGGUAACAUCUAAUAGAUAUUUGUAUUCUUUAAAUCAGAACAAAUCAUAAAUAGUUCCUGACUACAAUACAAAAAAAUGUAUUGGUGCAUAGUCGAAGGGAAGAACAAAAGAAAUACACAGUGGUGAAUGUAGAGAACAAAAGCAUACUAAAAGCAUAUAGUGUGACUACUGUACAUAUGCAUGAUACAUGAAAAAAA